UUCUUUUUCUUAAAAACAAGAAAAACAAAAAUGCUUAAAAAAAAUCCCAGUUUCUCCUUAUAAAAGGAAAACAGACCCUGUGUCCAUCCACUGUAAAAAUAAAACCGAAAAAGUCUCCUUUUAUCCUCUGCUAAUAAAAGCUUCAAUCUUUUGUGAUGGCGAGAGUGAGGAAGCGGCAGAAACCGGCGCAAUCGGAGGCGGGGUUGGUGGAGGAAGCGGUGGAGAAUGGUGGGUCAGAGGAGGGGGUUAAGGGGAAUGUGGGGUUAGAUCAAAGUAGUGAAAUUGGUGAAGGGAAAGUAGAGGAACGUCGUGAUAUUGAUAAAGGAAACGGGGCCUCAAAGAUGGGAAAUAGGAAGAGGAAGGUAAAGAAGAGGGAGAUUGGAGCUGUUGAAGAGGAAAGGGAAGGUAGUGGUGUGGAGAAAGAGGAAGAAGGUGAUUUGAAGGAGGCUGUGAGAAGGGGUAGGAAAAAAAGGAAGGGAAAGAAGAAAGAGAGUGAUCGUGAGGAGGAGAAGGUGGAAGAAGAGAAUGUGGAGAAUGACGAAAAGGGGUUUUCUUCAGCUGUUGAGAGGAAGCAAAGGGUGGACUUUGUUGGGAAUGAAGGAGAGAAAGAGGUGGAGAGUGGGGACGAAGAUGAAUUAGGUGAGAAAAUUGAAGUGGAUUUCGUCAAGAAGGAAGAGAGAGGGGUUGAUGGAAAGAUGUAUGGGAAGUCUAGGAAGGUACAACAGGAGGUGGAUGCCGAGGAAGGAGAGAAAGAGGUUGAAAAUGGUAAAGAAGGAAAAUUGGACGGGAGAAGGGAAGAAAAAGGGGCAGAGAAGAGGGGGCGGGAGGGAGGUAAAUUCAGUGUGGAUAACGAGGAAAGGAAAGAGAUUGGAGAACUGGGUGUUGGAGGAAAGGAGAAGGUGAGAUUUGUUAAGAAUGAGGAGGACAGCGAGGGGGUUAAGGAAAGUGAAGGGGCUGUUGCUAGAGAGAAUAAGGGCGGGAAGAAGGAAAGUGAAUCGGGUAAUGAGGAGGUGGAGAGCGAGGUAGGUAAGGACAAUGGUGGUGAUGUGGAAGAGAAUGGCGGUUCAUUAAAGAAGAGGCCGAGGAGAACUGAUAAAAAGGUAAACUAUGCUGAGCUUGAUGCUGCAUUAGAUGAGGCAGUGCUUGGGGAGAAGCGCAGGAAGAGGAAGAAGAAUGGAGUCUCAGAGAGUGAUGGAUUGGAAAGUGUGCAAAAUAGUAAAAAUGGUGAUGCCAAUCGUGGAAAAAAGAAAGUUAGUCGAAAAGGAAAAAAGAAUCAGGAGGAGGAGAAUAUCGAGGGAGAAGAAGAGAAGGAAGAAAGUGGCGAAGGAGAUUGUUUGAUGAUGAGCUCUGAAACAGGUUAUGGGCUCAGGACUCGGAAAGAGCAAGUGGAUCAGGGAAGCAAAUCCAGGCGUGAUAAUGAGUUUAUUGAGAAUGUGUGUUUAAUGUGUCAUCAAUGCCAGAGAAAUGAUAAGGGCCGUGUUGUUCGGUGUCUGAAAUGUAAAAGGAAGCGCUAUUGCAUACCAUGCUUGACGAAAUGGUAUCCUAAGAUGACAGAGGAUGAAAUUGCCAAUGCUUGUCCUGUCUGUCUUGGAAAUUGCAACUGUAAAUCUUGUUUGCGCCUGGAUGCGCCGAUGAAGGAACUGAAAAAUUUAAAACUGGAAGUAAGCAAAGAAGAACAAGUGCGAUACUCUGAGUUUUUACUUUGUGCGCUUCUUCCGUUUCUGAAGCAGUUAGAUGAAGAACAAAUGAUGGAGAGAGAGAUUGAGGCCAAGAGAAAAGGUGUACCACUUGCGGACUUACAAAUAGAGAAUGCUAAAUGCCCUGCAGAUGAGCGCAUGUUCUGUGAUAAUUGCAGAACUUCUAUUUUUGAUUAUCACAGAAGUUGCUCAAAUUGCUCUUCUGACCUUUGUCUUGCCUGUUGUCGAGAGAUCCGUGCUGGACACUUGCAAGGUGGUGGGCCGGAUGUGCUUAUGGAAUAUAUUAACAGAGGAUUUGAAUAUUUGCAUGGAGGGAAAGGCAAACCACAGGUUGAAUCACAAGUUAAGUUACCUCAAAAGAAUGAAUCUGAGGAUUUUAUGGGGCCAAAGUCCGGAUGGAAAGCAAAUGAAGAUGGAAGCAUUCAUUGUGCUUGUGAUAGUGGCAAUUUAGAACUAAAAUGUUUGUUCCCAAACAAAAAAGUCAAUUUUGCGGUUUCAGUGUCAGAGUUGGUAAAGAAAGUUGAAGAAAUGUCCAAAAAAUGGGAAACUGACUCUGCUAAUGCUCCUGAUGAACAAUGUGCUUGUUUUAAUUCCAUUGGUGAUCUUGAUAUCAGUAAUGGUAACAGGUUAUUAAAAGCAGCAUGCCGAGAAGAUUCUGAUGAUAACUAUUUAUUCUAUCCAAUAGCCAAAGAUAUCACAGAGGAUGAUUUGAAGCAUUUUCAGUUUCAUUGGAAGAGAGCCGAGCCUGUGAUUGUUCGCAAUGUGCUUGAAACUGCAUCUGGUUUGAGUUGGGAGCCAAUGGUCAUGUGGCGUGCCUUCCGCCAGAUCAAAAAUGAGAAACAUGACACACUUUUGGAUGUAAAGGCAAUUGAGUGUCUGGAUUACUGUGAGGUCGAUAUUAAUGUCCAUCAAUUCUUCAUUGGUUACACAGGGGGAAGGUUUGAUGGUAAAAAUUGGCCUCAGAUACUGAAGCUGAAAGACUGGCCCCCAUCUAAAACAUUUGGUGAAAGUCUUCCACGACAUGAUGCUGAAUUUAUCUGUUGUUUGCCCUUUAAGGAGUAUACACAUCCACGCAGUGGACCUUUAAACCUUGCUAUCAGAUUGCCUAAGAAUUCUUUGAAGCCUGAUAUGGGGCCAAAGACAUAUAUUGCCUAUGGAUAUCCUGAAGAGCUUGGGCGUGGAGAUUCGGUAACUAAGCUUCACUGUGACAUGUCUGAUGCGGUAAACGUCUUGACGCAUACUGCUGAUGUGUCCAAUAAAACUCAUUAUACUGAAAUACAAAAGUUGAAGCUAAAGCACUUUGAACAAGACCAAAGAGAGCUUUUUGGAAAAAAUCAGAAUAUGGAUGGAGUUGAUAAAAGAGAGCUUUUUGGGAAUAGUCAGAAUGCGGAUGAAAUUGAUAACAUGCAUGGUGUUGAUUCUGGGAAAUGUAAUGAGGAGGUUCAAAGCAGAAGUAGCGGGGAUGGACCUAUAAAGUGUGGAAAUGAGUCAGAAUGGAUGGAUGCUUUGGAUGGAGGUGCUGUUUGGGACAUUUUCCGGAGAGAAGAUGUUCCUAAGUUGCAGGAGUAUCUCAACAAGCACUUCAAGGAAUUUAGGCAUAUCCACUGUAGCCCAUUACCAAAGGUGGUUCACCCCAUUCAUGACCAGACAUUUUUUUUGACUCUAGAGCACAAGAGGAAGCUAAAAGAGGAAUAUGGAAUUGAACCAUGGACAUUUGUCCAGAAACUUGGAGAUGCUGUCUUCAUUCCUGCAGGCUGUCCUCAUCAAGUGAGAAACUUGAAGUCUUGCAUUAAGGUAGCAAUGGACUUUGUCUCACCUGAAAAUGUAGGUGAGUGCAUACGUCUGACAGAGGAAUUCCGUUUGCUUCCUCCAAAUCAUCGGGCUAAAGAAGACAAGUUGGAGAUAAAGAAAAUGUAUCUUCAUGCUGCUAGAUGGGCUCUUAAUGUUUUAACAAAUGGUGGAGAAAUGGACGAACCUGAGAAGGUCAAGAAAGAGCAAGCUAGGAGCAAGAAGAGGUCAUAGGCAGGGCCAUCUCCAGUCCUGCAUCAUAGUGAACACCUUAAAGCAGGAGUUUUUGGUUAACGUUUUACUCAUGCUUCGGGCACAUAUGGUAGCCACUGUAAAAAUUUCCCCUGUUCAUAAGCAGAUGUAAACUUUCAUUUGGCUUAGCUAGCUGCUAAUCAAACAUGAGUAUUGUUGAAACUGUUCCUGAAUGAGAUUGGUACACAGGAAGAUGCACAAGCUUCAAUGCUGCAGAAUCUUUUUGGCUAGCACAGUAUUUAUUGUGCAUGUUUGUAAUUAAUUAUAAAUGUUUAGAUAUAAUCACUAGUAA